GCCUCUUCCAUUCCUCCUCCCGCGAAUCGACUCCCCAUUUCUCAGACCGAUGUUUUUUUGAUGUUCUUCCUCUCAUCUUCUCUUAAAUCAAGGGAACUACAAUCAUGAUUCUGUGUUUUCUUCUCGCGUCUUUAAUCUUAUUUUCAAGCGCCGAACCCUUCGACGUUCGGUCUCACCUUUCCACCGCUUCUAGAUAUGAUGCUGUGAAAGGUAUCAAUAACAAUGGAUUUGUGGCUUCUCCAAUUCCAGCUGGGUGUAGUGUAAUCCACCUAAAUCUUGUGGCAAGGCAUGGAACUCGUUCUCCUACCAGGAAACGUAUAAAAGAGUUGGACCGUUUGGCCACUAAAUUGGAAGUGCUUCUCAGCGAUGCAAAACAGAAGGCAAAGGAAGGCCACAUAUCUUUGCAGAAAAUUCCUGAUUGGUUAUGGGGAUGGCAAUCACCUUGGAAAGGAAAAGAGACAGGUGGAGAACUUGUCAGCAAAGGGGAGGAAGAACUGUACCAUCUUGGAAUCAGAACCAGAGAAAGAUUUCCAGAUUUGUUUCAGGAAGAAUACCACCCAGACAUCUUCCCAAUAAGAGCAACCCAGGUUCCUCGUGCAUCAGCCAGUGCUGUUGCAUUUGGCAUGGGCCUGUUUUCCGGGAAAGGAAGUCUUGGACCAGGGAAGCAUCGCGCAUUUGCUGUGAUCAGUGAGAGUCGUGCGAGUGAUAUAUAUCUGAGGUUUCAUGAUACUUGUGAAAAUUACAAGGAAUAUAGAAGAAGUCAAGAACCUGCUGUGGACAAGCUAAAGGAACCCAUAUUUGAAGAAGUUUCCUCUACAUUGGCCACACGCCUCCAGCUUAACUUCACAAGUCAGGAUGUUGCCUCCCUCUGGUUUCUCUGUAAGCAGGAGGCAUCUUUACUAGACAUAACUGAUCAAGCUUGCAGCCUUUUCAGUCCUGAUGAGGUUGCUUUGCUUGAGUGGACCGAUGAUUUGGAGGCGUUUCUAUUGAAGGGUUAUGGUAACUCAAUAAAUUAUCACAUGGGUGUGCCAUUGCUUCAAGAUGUUGUUAGAUCCAUGGAACUAGCUAUUGCGGCUAAAGAAGAAAACCUUACGCCAGGCAGUUCCGAGAAGGCCAGACUUCGAUUUGCUCAUGCCGAGACUCUGAUACCAUUCACAUGUCUCCUUGGACUCUUUCGCGAAGGAUCAGAUGUUUCAGAGUUUGAGCGGAUACAGAGGAUGCAACCUUUGGAACCACCUCUAAAGCCCCCUCAGAAAAGAAACUGGAGAGGAAGCAUAUUGGCACCAUUUGCUGGGAACAACAUGCUGGUUUUGUACGGCUGUCCUGGCAAUGAGUCUAAAAACUCUAUGUCAUCAGGAGUUUCUGGAAGCAAGUAUUUUGUGCAAGUCCUGCACAAUGAAGUCCCAGUUCCUGUGCCGGUUUGUGGUAAUAAGGAUUUCUUCCCGUUUGAAGAUUUCAAGGAAAGAAUCGUUAAUGCUUAUCUGGAACAUAACUUUGACUCGCUCUGCAACAAGAAGUUAGAACCAUCCAAGGUGGAAUCUCUGGUGCCCCAUCCCGUUUCUUGUAAGUUUUCAAAGUACUUUCGUUGGCUGUUCAUGUCGCAGGAUGAUGAAUCACAUUCCGAUAAACAUAAAACCGAACUAUAAUCCGGACGGUGUAAGCAUCAGCAAAACUUCUGACCAUAUUUUCUUCCGCAAAAGAAACAAUCCGUACAUUCUUUCCACUGUCAGAGAAUACAUGGAACACUCACUAUGAAAAUCUGUCCUUUUCGGAUUUCAUCACGGCAAUCUUCACAGAUGCAUUAAAGAAAAUCACUAACAUUGAAGGAAGACCGCCGCUUGAUGCCAUGAUUCUACGGCAGAUCUAUUGACUACAACAGGUAUCAUAUCACAUGCAGAUGGUGGACACAUUUUUCUAUUCAUUGUAAUUAUUCAAUGUUAUUAGAAUGUUUUGACAUUGAUGUUUGUAUGAGAUCUUCCAUUGAUAUCCCCUUGUGAUACCAGCUCUUUUUUUC